GCGCAGAGCGCUAAUCCCGCUCUCGUGGCUAUGGCAGCCAUGGCGUGCACAGCGCAAGCAUGGCUAAGCGCAGGCGGCAAGGCCAACCCGGCGCUCGCCGCCGUAGAUGUCCCCGUGGGGAGAGGAAGGGGAGACCUUCGUUCUCCAUCGUGGUCGAGAGUUGUGGUUAUGAGAGACAGAGAGCGGCUAUGGCGCAAAAGUGCGUGCGCUGGCGCGACGAUGAUGAUGCCGGCGCAAGGACGCGCGCUAUGGUGGAAAAGAAGCACCCGCGAUGGGGAUGCAGGGAAAGCGGCGCGCGCGAUGGGGCAAACACGGCGGCAGCGGCGGCUCUGGCGCAAGAGCGCACAGAAUGAGCGAUGCGUCGACAAGAUCCGGACAGCAGCGGCAGCUGCGCCGCUUUGCGCGGCUGCCGCGGGGGGGGCGAGGGGCUCUUCGCCGCGCUCGCGGUCUCCCCCCAUUCCGCCGUACCGCUCGGUCGAUUCGAUUGCCCCACGCCGCCGGGACUCGCGCAUCGACGUGGCCAUCCCCCGAUCCCGACAUACAGGCAUGUCGUCGUCGUCGUCUUUCCGGGUCCGACUUCUGGUCGACCCGUCGACACGUGUCAGGCCGAUUCCGACCGUUAGAUCAUCAUCCACGUGGCGCUUGCUCAACGAACGGGGGAAGCGGAGGCAGGGAGCGGCGGGGAGGAAGGGGAACGGCGGCGGAUCUCCUUCCCCCACCUGCGCGCUUGGUUGGGACUCGAUAUUGCUAGCGGGUCUUAGCCUGAUGAUCGAGGGGAGGCGGCGGAGACGCGCGCCAUUGCUUUUGUCAUCUAGCACUACCGCUGAUGACAUCAGCAAAGCGCGCCAAAAAGUGCAGUCACACGCGCACGCCACGUCAUCAUCCUCUUCUCCAAACCCUGGAAGCCCAUCUGACGACGAGUUGCCACAGGAACAACAUAAGAAGACAGACGAACGAAGAGAGGAGGACGAGGGAGGAGAAGAGGAGGAGGACGACGAGGGGAAGGCAGCGCAUCAUCAAGAACAGCAAAGAGCUUCUUCUUCUUCGUCUUCUUCUUCGUUGUCGCCAUCUCCAUUUUCUUCGGUCUCUUCAUCAUCGUCUUCCUCCUCAUCAUUGUCAUCAACGGCUGACGUGGAUUACCUGCAAACAGGAUCGACUCCAAAUCCCGUGUCCGAUGGCCGACUGCAGCGGGUGAUAACGACUCUGUCCAAGGAUUUUCCGGCGGUAUACUCGCGGGAAUUGGAUUGGUCAGUGUAUUCCAAAGACGUCAUCUUCGUCGAUCCAGUGGUGUCUCUCAAAGGUCUGUUGCAGCACCAGGGCAUGUACAUCGUUCUGAGAGCGAUGGCGUGGGCGUGGUUCCAACCCGGGAGCGCUGUAUUCGAAAUAGAGGAGAUCAAGGAAGUCGACCCGCAUGCUAAAACCCAAUCGCCGUUCGCGCACAGAGAGUACACAGACACGCUGCAUCCAAAGCGCGCCAUUGGGAUGACCUGGCGCACGAGGGGGAAGACUAGAUGGGGCACCGUCGCCGACUUCAGCGGCGAUGAUGUCUUCAGAGUAGGAGCAAAUGGACUCAUCAUCAGCCACGAAUCUUCAUGGAAUGAAGAUCCUGCUGUCGUUUGGAGAGAGGUCUUCCUCGGAGAGGAACGCCGCCGUUAAUCCGCCGUUAAUCGCCGUUAAUCAACGUUAAUCAACGUU